AUGUACAUCACCCCCGAGGGCGUCAAGUCGGAGCGCGCGGCCGAGGACUCGGCCAAGAUCACCAUGCAGGCGACGGGCGCGCUCUCGUGGCGCAAGGCCGACGUCAAGUACCGCAAGAACGAGGCCUUUGUCGACGUCAUCGAGGACGUCAACCUCCUCAUGUCGGCAACGGGCGCCGUGCUGCGCGCCGACGUCACGGGCCAGAUCGUCAUGCGCGCCUACCUCUCCGGCACGCCCGAGUGCAAGUUCGGCCUCAACGAUCGCCUGCUCCUCGACAAUGACGGCCUGCUGUCGCUGCCCUCGGGCAACCGCCAGGGAACCAAGGCCACCAAGGCCGCCGCCGGCAGCGUCACGCUCGAGGACUGCCAGUUCCACCAGUGCGUCAAGCUCGGCAAGUUCGACAGCGACCGCAUCAUCUCGUUUGUGCCGCCCGACGGCGAGUUUGAGCUCAUGCGCUACCGCGCCACCGAAAACGUCAACCUGCCCUUCAAGGUCCACGCCAUUGUCAACGAGGUCGGCCGCACAAAGGUCGAGUACAGCAUCUCCAUCAAGGCCAACUUUGGCUCCAAGCUCUUCGCCACAAACGUCGUCGUCCGCAUCCCGACCCCGCUCAACACGGCCAAGAUCACCGAGCGCUGCACCCAGGGCAAGGCCCGCUACGAGCCCUCGGAUAACGUCAUCGUCUGGAAGAUCGGCCGCUUCGCCGGCCAGAGCGAGUUUGUCCUCAGCGCCGAGGCCUCGCUGUCGAGCAUGACCAACCAGCGCGCCUGGAGCCGCCCACCCUUGAGCCUCAACUUUAGCCUCCUCAUGUUCACGAGCAGCGGCCUGCUGGUCCGCUAUCUCAAGGUCUUUGAGAAGAGCAACUACUCGAGCGUCAAGUGGGUGCGGUACAUGACGCGGGCCGGGUCUUACGAGAUACGCUUCUGA